UAACUUUUUUAUUUUACAUCUGACUUUGAUGAAGUUUUUAACGUUUUUCUGUGGUGGAAUUGACCUUUAAAAAGAGUAACCAAGUUAUUUUCAAUAAACCAAACUUGUUGGUCUUUCUGUAGUGAGUAGCCUGCUUGCCAGCUGCACUAAAUACUUGUACACCAAUUUUGUAAUCUCAUUUAUGCUGUAUAUUGUUCUCAUUCACUACCAUAGAGAUAAGACAAAAAAGAAUGAGCAAAGCCUUUACAUAUACAUGUACAUGCAUGACUCUGAUAAGUUUGAACAUGAAAAGAUCCAGACCACAAUUACAAUGUACAUUAUACCAUUGUGAUUGUUCCAUGAUUUUUAGGCAUCACAGUGAGUCUUAAAAUGUUAAAUUGCUGAUCUACAUAGUAGAUUUUUGAAGAACAAAAACAGCUCAAAGAUGCAGUGUAUAUUUACAUGUAGUAGUACUAGCCCCAAUAUAAAAAACAAAAUGAGUGCCUAAAAAGAAAUUAAUUCCUACAUUAGGCUGACCUCCAAUACUGCGGUGCACGUUUUUGAUACUUUGGUUUAUGGAGGGAGGUGAUGCUACGAAGCCAGACAAAGACCUCAUUUUCAUUAUUGUCCUAAAACUAGUUUAGUGGAAAGUAGUUCGAUGUGUAAUGAGAAUGGUAAAAGCGGUCAUGGAAGCGAUCUUCCAAAUCUGUUCAGAAGACCACCUUGCGAUGUUGUUUUUAAGAUCGCUUUGCCUCGUUAAACUGGUUUUAUUGUGAGGACACAACCGUUCUUCAGGAAGUGAUCUGUACACAUUUUGAGCGUGCUACUCCACAAACUGUGUGUACUAUGUCAAUGCUGUGGUUUCAAAUUUUGCGCGAAACAUGUGACCUUCCUGAAAGCAUUCCUGCAGCAACACAACUGCUUUACAUGAAUUGGUCUUGAAAACCACUUUCGAGUGAUCAGGUGGGAAUCCAAGUUAAGACUAAGUGAUCUUUCAAACUGGUUUCCUGAACCAGUUUCCAGUAAACUAGUUUCUGGUACAGCGCAAUGAUCUCUUCACUGAUGCAUGGAGCCUGGGUUAUGAAGUGCGGAAGCUGGAUAUUCACAAGCUGAUGGUGUAUUUGAAAGAGCAUGGUGCUUUGUUUAAGGAGACGACGUGUGUGCAUGUGCAUGCUGAAAUAGAGAAACUCUUAACAACCUAAAGUUACCACCAUGCCAAAAUCAGGCAUCACAGUCCCUGCGGAGAUUGAAAAAAUUAUGAAGGACCUUGUAAAGAAACAGUACAUAUAUGCUAUAUUUGAAUUAUGUGAAGAGGGUAAUUCUAUGGCUUGGAAAAGGUUAGUUGAAAGACAAAAGCGUGAUGCAUUUCCAGACAUAAAAUCCCAUGAUCGGGCACCAAGAGAGCGAUUUGAACGAGAGUAUGAUCAAUUUCUCUCCUACAUCAAGCCUGAUAAUGCUCUUGUUGGACUAUUUGACUUCUCUGCACUUGAAGUACCGGGUAAAGAUUUGAAGAUUGCUGAAAUUCAUUGGUGUAAGGACGAAAUGCCAGUAAAAAAGAAGAUGUUGUUUGCAUCCAGUGUAGACGACGUGAAGAAAUGUUGCUCUGGUAGUGCAAAGAUUAUCAAUAUCAAGGAGAUAGAGGAGCUGAAUAUUGAUGCCAUCAUUGAUCUUGUCAAGUCAUAAGUGAGGAUGGAUCAAGAAGGACAGACUGAACAUCCUGACAUCCAUGGAGGUUUAUUAAAUAAUUGUGAUCUAAAGUAUUGGACUUUUAGUAGGAAACAGCUACAUAUAAAGUAUGAUAUGAUGAGAAUACAACCAUCAGAUGAUCAGCUGUAAUAUAAAUCUGUAAAGUGUUUGGAGACAUAAUUUUGAUGUAUUAAGCACAUUUACAACCGGGAUCCAUUGUUAUGAACAUGACAUACAUGCAUUUAACAUCGAAAUGUAAGUCAAGUUUGUUGUGGGAUGUUAUGACUAGGAACUUAUACAUGUAUGACACUUUUCAUCAGUAGGAAUAAGCAAGAGGUACCCCAUUUGCCUAUCUAUUUAAUAAGGAUCAAGAUGAAGAUUAAAAUUAUAUAUUUAAGGGAUUACCUCCAUUUGUGUGUUGUAAUUUUCCAAUUUUUCUUAUCAUUUACACUUUAUACUGAUCACCAGCCUUACAUGAACUAUGAUGAAGUUGCAUUGCAGCUGAAGCAAAAUACUUUAUUCUUCUUCAUAUGUCAUUUUCAUACAUGAUGAAAUUUGUGACUGAUCAGGGUCCCGUUUCAUAAAUGCACAAUUUCUUUAUCUUCAUUAUCAGCCAAUCAAAUGAUAUUGCAAGUUUGUAUUCGUAACAAGUUUUUGUGAAACGAAUCACAGAUCAAUCACAAGCACAUGUAUGGAAAGCCAACAGCACCACAUCUAAAAAUGCACACAUGAAAUUGAUUCUAAAUAUCAUGUAUACUCUUACAUGAAUCAUUGCCAAUCAGUGUGCUCCUCGUCGUUUUCACAUGGACAUUGUUACAUUUCUUGUAUAAACAAUUAUGACAUUGAUGGCUUUCCAUAGUUAAGAUUUAUUAGGUCAAACACAAUUCUUUGUAAUAUCACUGGUGAUCAAGGUCAUGUACCAGUUCAAGUAUCUACACCAGAGUAACCCACUUCAGUACAAGUACACAGAGAAUCUUUGUAUGGUGCAGAUUGAUAUACUCGCUUCACUUCAGUAUCAAAAGGGGGGGGGGUUACUUACAUGUAGUAUAAAUGUAUGAUACAUACAUGUAUGUGCCGCGGUUGAGACCCCCAUUUUCAGCCAAAAAUUUCUGUUCCAGAGCAUCACCAAUUAGGGAGCUAUAUGAUUUCCUAUUUUUUCUCUGUUCUGGAGACCCUCAAAUUUGUGGUUUAUCGUUCCAGUAAUCGCCCAUCAUGAACUACUCAGCCGGUACGACCGGUGAGCUCGAUCGGCGAGAAGCCGUAUGCCAGGCCGCCGAAGCACCCCACACCCGCAUCUGGCUAGUGCUAGCCCAAUGCGAUAUGAAUUUAACAAGACGUGUGCACGCUUUAUACCAUGCUAUGAUACAAUGAGUUCUGGAGACCCUGAUUUUUAUUGUGGUCAGUUCCAGAGCGUUGCAUUUUCAGGGAUUUUAAGCAAUCGUGGAUCCAACAGUCAUUCCGGAGACCCCAAUUUUAAGACCAAGAUUUAGUUUCAGAGCCCCCUGUUUUCAACACAUCUAGGUAUAAAUUCAAGUAGUUCCCCUGGGAUCAAAAGUCUGCUUCAUAGCUACAUGUAGAUUUGCGAGAGCUGAUUGGCUCAGAAUAAGUAAAAAUGCUCAUAAUUAUAACUGUAAUUUUUAUAAAUGAAUGGUAUACUAAAGAGUCAUAUUUGCAAAAUGCAAGUGUAUGCACAAUACAAAUUUUCUUUUACAUUUUAUUACAAUGGGAUUUUAACCCUUGACGAGAUGGCUAUUUGUUUCAUCAAGUCUUUUUCCAUCCCACCCAGGGGGUGGGAUGGAAAAGAUUGACUGGGUCUUGAGUUAAGGGCAUUGCGAUACCUGGAUGUAUGGUUCAAAUUUGAUCCAUCUGUUAGAUAUGGAAGUUGAAAAGCAUAAAAAUAUAAAUUCAUAAGAAAUUGAUGUUAAUUCAGCAGUAAAUUUGUUAAGAAUCCUACAAAGAAUAUUUUGAUUGAACUAAGCAUCUGAGCUUUAUUUUGUGAUAUUAGCAAAAAUCAUCCUGCUUUGCUCUACAUAUAUGGGGUAAUAACUGAGUGCAGUUUAUAUUUCAUAUGCGCAAACUGCAAGUCACUUUUCAUUUUUUAUAUAUAAGAUGAAUAUACAUCUGCUCAGAAUGUAAAAUUAAAAACAAAAGCUUCAAACUCGGGUGAACUGUCAGAAUUUGCACAACGUAACCAUAUUACAGCCUAAAAGUGCAUUGCAUGGGUUAGUAUGAGCUUCAAUUUCUGAUCUGUAUCGAAUCAUGUAACUAUCAUCAUGAAUUCAGUUUGAGCUGAUCUAAAACAUUGUGAUUUUAUUUCUGAUUUCAUUUGAACAUUUUUUGGGGGGCGGGGUGGGGGGGGGGGAGCAUAGGAGAGGAGGGGGUAGGGUGGAUAAGAACCAUCUCAAAUUCUCGAUUGCAUGUCAGUUGAUCGAUUGGUGUGCUAAGAUUUUGAAACCAAUCUUAUAGAAUAUUCAUUUUUACUACUUUAAUUAUUUUUGUGCAGAAUAAACUGUUGAGUGUAUUUAUGAAGGUGUUUGCUUCUGCUAUGCAGUUUAAGUAUUUUGUUUGUGCAAAAUCAUUAUAACUGUUGAGUAUAUUCAUGAAGGUGUUUGCUCACGCUAUGUAAUCACCAAUGAUGGUUUAUUUGACUGACACCCAUCAUUAUGAAUAUCCCUGUGUUAACACCAUUUAUUCUAUUUCAUAUAGAAUUUGAAUACAUUUUAAGUGGGAUGAAAUUAACUUUUGUAGUUGUCAAUACAAGCACCUCAGGCAAAAUGUUUUGAGAGGAUAGUUAAUAAACCCAUGAGGUUAUUCGCAGUACUUCCGUUAGUAAUACAUUACCAAUGAAAAUGUUUUAAUUUUUUAACUGUGUGAUCGAGCUGUAGCACAGGUUUAAAUUUGAGAUUCAUUAUUUUACCAUUGCUCAUUGGCAUGACAAAGGAAAACAGUGCAGGGGAAAUGCUGAAUUCAUGCCCCUUCCUAACUACCAAUGUUGGUGGCUUAUGUUGUCCAUCAGAUUAAAAUGGCAAGAUUUUGUUAUUAACGUACGUUGGCCUUUGUUGUGCCCCCUUGUAAGAAAGGGCACCCAAGCUAGGCUUGUGCCUCUUCCCCAUAUAGGCUACUGCCAGUGCCAUUGAUAUUGAGAAAAAAAAUAUGUGAUCAAAACUAAAACUGAACAGUAACUAAAAUUAUUGGACACAAACCAGGGACCUAUCUACAUAGGAGUAGUCUAUUGUUACUGGGUGUGCUGAGCAUUGUCACAGCACCCCCAGUAACAAUAGAUAAUCCUCUGUGGCCAUGUCCAUGCACACAAAGCCUGUAUAUUUUCAUAUUGUACAUCUGGUCACAUGAGUUUCUAGAGAGGAUAGAGAGGGGGGGGGGUGGGUCACUAUAAAAUUGUAAUGUAUCUUGAACCAUCUGAGUACGGUAAGCAUAGUGCAAUCAUUUGCACGUUGAGAUUGCUUUGAGGGUGGGAAAACUAGUUCGUGUAAAUACAUUUUAUGUUUGAAAGGAAUUUAAAAUUCAAUACAUGUUCUUCCAAUUUUCAUGAUAAACCAUAUAUUGAAAAGUCUCUUUAUUUUGUAAACAUUGUUACACUAGUAUUGUAAUAAGAGCACUCAAAUAGAUAUC